CAAGUGCUUUGGUCAGUACUGAGCCGGCCCUCCCUACCAAUUAAACCAACAAGACCCAAACCCUAUCACUUCGUUUCUAAGCUCACAGUUCAUCGCAGCUCUCAAAUGGCGGUUACGCCUGCCUCGUGCCUGAAUGCGAGACUUGAUCGUCUUUGUCAGCCUUCUCUCAGCUGUGCCAGCAAAGGUUUCGAGGGCUUAAGGUUUUCAUCAAGUCGGUGUUUUUGUGGGGCUGGGAAGCCCAAUUCGAAAGUGGAUUUUCACGUGAAAGUGUAUAAAAGCAUCCACUCCAGGAGGUGCGGUAAACCAACUAGGGCCUGCGUUACUAUGAUGCCCAUAGGAGUCCCACACGUUGUUUACAGAAACCCUGACGAAGGAACUUGGACACUAAUUGAUUUGUGGAAUGCUCUUUAUCGUGAAAAAAUUGUUUUCCUUGCGGAACCCAUAACUGAAACGUACGGCAAUGAGGUACUUGCCACAAUGCUGUACCUUGAUACCAUCGAUGACGAUCAGAAGCUUUAUGUAUUCAUAAGUUCCUCUGGAGGAGAUCUUUCUCCUAGCUUGGCUAUCUAUGAUACUAUGCAAUCCCUGAGAACUCGUGUGGGCACCCACUGUCUUGGCUUUGCAGCUGGUCUGACACCUUUUAUACUUGCUGCAGGAGAUAAGGGUAGUCGAAGUUCAAUGCCUAUCAAUUAUAUCCUAUUACAGUCUCCAGCAGGCGCUGCUCGUGGCAAGGCUGAUGAUGUUCAAAAUGAGGCAAACGAACUUCUAAGGAUAAGAGACUAUCUUUUCAAGGAGUUGGCCGAAAAAACUGGCCAGCCUAUCGAGAAGAUCUACGAGGACUUAAGUUAUUCGAAGAUGUUUAAAGGUAAGGAAGCAGUCGAAUACGGUCUCAUUGAUCGAGUACUGAGCAUGACUGUCAGUAAACCGAAGUCUGCUCGAAAAAGUUCUACAGCUGCUCUCGGUUAGUGCCAUUGCUGUGAUUGUGAGUACACUGCAACGUUUUGGACACAGACGAUGAAUGUUGGUUGAUGUCUCUCGAUUUGUAGUUGUGAUUUAUUGAAUACAUAAAAAAGGGUUCUCAGAUUGGUAUAACGAUUUGGUAAUAUGAAGACUUGCAGUUCUUUUCAUGCUCAGUUUACUGUAAUCUUACCCCCAUUCUCAACUAGAGGGCAAGUCUGGAUAUUUUGAAUCUUGCACCGCUUUUUGCUUUCUGAAUUUUUUAGGGAUUUGAAUUCUAGAAAGAAAGGAAAAAAAAUGUUUGGGUGCAUUCAGUUUGAAACCUGAUUUUUUUUUAUGUAAAUAUAGGGAUGAGUUUGAUCUCUUUGGCAAGAACCGGAAAUAAAUUUUUGGUCGUCUCAUUGGAUAAUUUUUUGAGGAAUUUACACCCCAUCCCUUCAUAUUUCAUUUAUAUUACAUUUAUACAUCUCUUUGAUUUUUAUUUAUAACAUAGCUAAACAAACACAAUAAUAUUACAAAUCUACCUAAUAU